UAGAAUAGCCAAUGUAAUUUGACACUUCAACUUGCUGUGCUCUCUGCUAGUUGAUUCAGUUACUCACCCACGAACGCUGAGCUCCUUCUCUCUGUCUGUGAAGGAAAACGGAGGCAAUUAAAAAAACAACAACAACAACAACGCACAUGUAAUCACAGAAGCCAAAACAGAACUGAAUAAAACACAAGAAAACAGAUCAGGAAAGGCAGAAGGAUUCCUUUUUCUCUCAGCCGCCUCGGAUCGUAAACACUCCUUGGAAACUUCAUACAGGAGGGUUGUCUUCAACAAAAUAUGUGAAAAAAGUGAGGCAGUGAGAGUGUGUACGAUUCCAACAUUGAAAUGCAGACAGUGUGGAGAUCUUUAAUGGCUUUCAGGUAGAAAUCAAGGAGAGACAAUCAAAAUGAACUCAAUUCCGUCUAUGGACAGGCACAUUCAGCAGACCAAUGACCGGCUGCUGUGUAUAAAACAGCACUUACAAAACCCUGCAAAUUUCCAGACGGCAGCGACGGAACUCUUAGACUGGUGUGGUGAUCCUCGGGCCUUCCAGCGACCUUUUGAGCAGAGUCUGAUGGGCUGUUUGACGGUUGUCAGCAGAGUAGCUGCACAGCAAGGUUUUGACUUAGAUCUUGGAUAUAGGCUUCUUGCAGUAUGCGCGGCGCACAGGGACAAAUUUACUCCAAAAUCAGCAGAGACCAGCACCUGCAGGAGAUGUCAGAGUGAUUCAGCCCUUCUUUCAUCGUGGUGUGAAGAACUGGGGCGACUUUUACUACUUCGUCAUCAGAAGAACCGGCAGAACGAGCCUCCAGGAAAGAUACCAAUGCAGCCAUCAAUGAACGCCAUGAGCUCAAUGAAGCCGGCUCUCUCGCACAGUGAUGGGUCAUUUCCUUAUGAUUCAGUUCCCUGGCAGCAAAAUAAUAAUCAGCCCCCAGGUUCUUUGUCUGUGGUUACAACAGUCUGGGGCGUCACUAAUACAUCACAAAGUCAGGUUCUUGGUAAUCCAAUGGCGAAUGCAAAUAAUCCAAUGAAUCCUGGUGGCAAUCCAAUGGCAUCUGGCAUGUCAGCAAACAAUCCCAACAUGAACUCAGCACAGUUUUCUGGGCAGCAGCAACAGUUCCCUUCCAAGAGUGGAUCUAGCCAGCCUUAUAUGCAGCAAAGCAUGUAUGGUCGUCCCAGUUAUCCUGGCGGAGGAGGCUUUGCUGGAAGUUAUCCCGGUGGCCCAAAUAACCCAGGUGGUAUGGGAAUUCCACCUCACACACGACAGCCAGCUGAUUUCACGCAGCCUGCUGCUGCUGCGGCUGCAGCCGCAGUGGCAGCCGCAGCAGCCACAGCUACAGCCACUGCAACAGCAACCGUGGCAGCUCUGCAGGAAACGCAGAACAAAGAUAUUAAUCAAUAUGGACCGGUUUGUUCCUCUUUCCAGAUGGGACCAACCCAAGCUUAUAAUAACCAGUUCAUGAAUCAGCCUGGUCCCCGUGGACCACCUUCCAUGCCAGGCAAUAUUAAUCCCGCUACAAUGGGUGCAGGAAUGAAUAAUUCCAACCUGAAUGCUCCGCCGAUGGGCAUAACUCAAACUAGGCCCCCAGGAAUGAGUCCUUUUGGAAGCCAUGGGCAGAGAAUGCCUCAGCAGGGAUACCCUGGUCCAAGACCACAGGCCAUAAAUAUUCAAGGAAUGAAAAGGCCUUACCCCGGAGAGCCAAAUUAUGGGACUCAGCAAUAUGGACCAAAUGGCCAGUUUCCCAACCAGCCUGGUCAAUAUCCAACACCGAACCCACCAAGGCCAUUACCAUCCCCCAAUUAUCCUGGACAGAGGAUGCCAGGGCAGCAAGGAACAGGCCAGUAUGUGCCACCCAGUGUGGGCAUGGGACAGUAUUACAAGCAAGAGCCAUUUAAUGGUCAGAGCAACAAUUUCUCUGGAAGUGGCUAUUCCUACAGUCAAGCAAAUCUAAAUGGGCCUCCAAGGCCAGUAGCAAACUAUCCUCACUCGCCUGUCCCAGGAAACCCCACACCACCCAUGACCCCUGGAAGCAGUAUUCCACCAUACUUGUCACCUAAUCAGGAUGUAAAACCACCAUUCCCACCAGACAUUAAGCCAAAUAUUAAUGCUCUCCCACCUCCUCCAAAUGCAAAAGGGAAAGUUCACACUUUCUCUCCCUCUUCGAUCCCAGCCAACCCCAAUGACGAGCUGCGAUUAACUUUCCCGGUAAGGGAUGGUGUUGUACUAGAGCCAUUCCGACUGGAGCACAAUCUAGCAGUCAGCAACCAUGUCUUCCACUUGCGUCCAUCUGUUCACCAGACCCUCAUGUGGAGGUCCGAUUUGGAACUCCAGUUCAAGUGUUACCACCAUGAAGACAGGCAAAUGAACACAAAUUGGCCUGCUUCUGUCCAAGUCAGCGUUAAUGCAACUCCUCUCACAAUUGAACGCGGAGACAACAAGACAUCCCAUAAGCCCUUGCACCUGAAACAUGUAUGUCAGCCAGGAAGAAAUACAAUUCAGAUUACUGUCACUGCCUGCUGUUGUUCGCACCUCUUUGUCCUUCAGCUGGUACACAGGCCCUCUGUUCGGUCAGUUCUUCAAGGACUGUUAAAGAAGAGACUUCUCCCAGCUGAACACUGCAUCACAAAAAUAAAAAGGAAUUUUAGUAGUGUAGCAGCAUCGUCAGGCAAUGCCACACUAAAUGGGGAAGAUGGUGUGGAGCAGACAGCUAUCAAAGUAUCCCUCAAGUGUCCAAUAACAUUUCGGCGGAUUCAGCUGCCAGCAAGGGGUCAUGAUUGUAAACAUGUCCAGUGUUUUGAUCUGGAGUCAUAUUUGCAGUUGAACUGUGAAAGAGGUACUUGGCGAUGCCCUGUAUGCAAUAAAACUGCAUUAUUAGAGGGGCUUGAAGUUGACCAGUAUAUGUGGGGAAUCCUGAAUGCAAUACAAAACUCUGAAUUUGAAGAGGUUACAAUUGACCCAACAUGUAGUUGGAGGCCAGUACCCAUUAAGUCAGACAUUCACAUUAAAGAAGACCCUGAUGGACCAUUGGCAAAAAGAUUUAAAACAAUGAGCCCCAGUCAGAUGAUCAUGCCAAAUGUAAUGGAAAUGAUAGCAGCGCUUGGCCCAGGUCCUUCACCGUAUUCCUCAUUGGCGCCACCACCAGGCGGAAACAAUAGCGAAUACAGUGGACCAGGUAACAAUUAUCAAGGCCAUGGCAGUUUUGACUUUCCCCAUGGUAACCCCGGUGGCACAUCUAUGAAUGACUUCAUGCAUGGACCACAAUUGUCUCAUCCACCCGAUAUUCCCAACAGCCUUAUGACUCCUGAUAAGCCACUCAGCCAUGCUAUGCCUGAUACAAUCCCUCAUCCUGGCAGCACAGAUCAGUCCCAUAACUCCAUGCAGCAAGGUUUGCACGCGCCUCCUCACCCUAACAGCCAGUCAGGGCAGCCAUUACAUCACAGCGGUCCUCCCCAGCAGUCACGGCAGCCUCCUCCCCAGGCUGGGGCUAACAACCAUCCACACAGUGACCUGACCUUUAAUCCCUCUGCGGGCUUAGAAGGUCAAGCUGGAGGGCAGGGAGCACCUGAUAUGCCAGAACCCUCCCUCGAUCUUCUACCAGAGCUUGCAAAUCCCGAUGAGCUUCUUUCUUAUCUGGAUCCUCCUGACUUGCCGAGCAAUAGCAAUGAUGACCUUCUUUCUUUGUUUGAAAAUAACUGAAGCUCCACUCCAAACGUACACUUUUUCCUAAUGUAGCCAUAGGACAGAAGUUAAUCUCACACCUCACUGGAGAUAAUUUCUCAUCUGAAAUAAAGAAGACAGUAAGAUGGAAUUGCUUCCUUCCAGAAACCUCACCUUGGCACCAGUUGAGCCAAGCAGAAUAAGGACAAGACAUUCAAAAUAAUGACAGUCCUUCUGGCUGAUGAGAAAAUAAUCAUUCUGAAAUGUUUGCGCAGCUAAAGUCAGUUCUUUGUAAACCUUGUAGGAAGAGUGUUGCAAAAAUCAUACAAAUAUAUUGUGGCAUUUUUAUUUUAUUUUAUUUUAUUUGUUUUGGAGACGAGGAAGAUGGAAACAAAACUGCCCUGUUCUGGCCAGUAGCUGAAAAACCCUUUGACCAAAGUUCUUCCACUCCAUCAAAACGAGAGGUUCUCAAGUCGGCAGAGUCCUCACCAAACCCCAGCCCGGCUGACUCCACAUCUGUCUGGUCCAAGGAGCAAAGUUACAAAGCACAAAAGGUUUUAAGUGAAUUUUGAAAACAAAACCGCAAAAUGAGAAAGGGAAACACAGCAUGAAAAGCCACCAGCUCUCGUUCACCAGUGAUAGAUAAUCCCAGAUUAUCACAUUACAUUUCCUCUGUGUUAACAUUCCCAGAAGGAAGGGAUCAAAGACAAGGAGGAGCAUCCAGCCGUGACGCCAUCGGGAGGAUACAUCUUUACCAUGGUGUGGAUCAGGGAAAACGGAUCUGCUUGUGGUCUUCAGAGAGAAGGGGUUUUCUUUUUCUUUUUUUUUUCUUCAUCUUCUAGUUUUCGUUCUGUCCUUUGGUUUAAACUAAACUUCUGUUCACUGCACAAUGGACAGCUCGGAACAGGUGGGGGCAGUAAACCCUUUAAUAUGAGGGCAAAUGAACCUAAACGUUCCCUACUGUGUUCUCUAAUUUAGCUGUAAUGGGCAUUCAGUUCCCAGAAAUGAAAAAGCAGCUCUUUUUUGUACAAGACUGUUACAUAGUAGUCUAGUUCCUAACUUACCUGCCGGGAAAAGGUUUAUGAUAAACGGAGAAAAAAAAAAA